AUGAAAAACUCUCAUUCACAGACGCACAAUCAAUUCCAAUCUCUUAAAGAUCAAGAGAUUCAUCCUCGAGCUCGGUCAUUUGAUCCCCGCCAAUUGUUCUCCGACGGCACUCUAGUGACUCCCAAGGAUAUCGUGAAAUACCAUGAAGGCAGUGGGAUGCCAUACUUGGAAUAUCCUGAAGCUGACGUUCUACCAUCUGGAGAAACACAUACGAGCAAUUAUUCAGAGUUGAUGGCCAUGCUUCGUGCACUCGAGCUCCUUAAACAUCAUAGCGAAUUAAGAGAAUGGAUCUCCGAUCAGCCCAUGUCAAUCUACCAUUCGUUUAAAGUAGAAGUAAUCAUCAUCACGGAUUCCAAAUUCGUACAUGACUGUCUUACUUCGUGGCUCCCAAUCUGGUUGAAGAACGGAUUCAGAACAGUAGAGGGGAAGCCAGUGGCAAAUCAAGAUCUCAUUUUACGCAUCCAUCACAUGAUCGGACUACUUUCAGGUGAUCUCAAUAUCCAGCUCUGGCACGUUAGAAGGGAGCAGAAUCGAGAUGCGAAUGCACUAGCUGUUCGAGCACUUCACACCCAACCUAUAUAUCAGGCACAACAUAUUGCCUCUUCAAGCCUUGAUCACUUCAGAUCUGGAAUUAUCCUCCGUACUCCUCGAAUACUGCAUUUGGCGCAUGAGAUCGGGAUUUUUCCUCAAAAGGACUGUCUGGAGAUGCAUUUGGGAGAAAUAAUCAUGUCCAUGGUGAUGGCCGGAAAAGAUUGUGGAGCAAACUUCAAGAUACUCUUUGGACCCGAAUACAGGAGUGAUGUUUCGUACAUUAUGUAUCGAAAACUCAGCCGUGCAGUUCUUUAUCUUUCUUUAGAUGAGUCGGGCCACUAUUCAUAUCCUGAUAAUUUUAUCUGGACAGCUAGAAGUACACUCAAGUAUAAACUUUUAGGCAAACGUCCCCGACCGUUCGACGCACAUGAGGCAGGAAAGCUACGAAAAUGGUGUAUUGACAAUCGAUUAUUCUCGGAUGGGAAACGUCUCACUUCUCUGUUGGAACUUAUAUAUAGAAUUCGGUUAGAAUUCGGUCUUGAUCAUUAG